AUUAAUCAUUCAUCAUCUCUGUCCUCCCCUGGAGAGGAGACACUCAGCUGACACAGAGGAGACACAUCCACACAUGGAACACUCAGCAACACACUGGAUCCAUCUGGAGAGACUUCAGUCCCACACGAUCCAUCCCUGUGACAUGUGGAACAACACGACAAGGGGAAAGUGAAGAGUGUCAGUGUUGGAUCCAUCCCGCCUCUUUUACGCACCAUGCUCCCCGCAGUGGAGGCGGCCAAGAUCUACCACACCAACUACGUGCGUAACUCGCGCGCCAUGGGCGUGCUGUGGACGGUGUUCACCAUCACCUUCGCCGUCAUCACCGUGGUGGUGUUCAUCCAGCCGUACUGGAUCGGGGACAGCGUGAACACGCCGCAGGCCGGGUACUUCGGCCUCUUCCACUACUGCAUCGGGAACGCGCUCACCUCGGAGCUCACGUGCAAAGGGAGCGCGCUGGACUUCGGCUCCAUCCCGUCCGGCGCCUUCAAGACGGCCAUGUUCUUCGUGGGCAUCUCCAUGCUGCUGGUGGUGGGCAGCAUCGUCUGCUUCAGCCUCUUCUUCUUCUGCAACGCGGGCAGCGUGUACAAGAUCUGCGCCUGGAUGCAGCUGGCCUCCAGUACCUGCAUGGUGAUUGGAUGCAUGAUCUAUCCUGACGGCUGGGACUCGGAGGCGGUGAAGCGAAUGUGCGGCCAGCGGACCGACAAAUACACCUUGGGCAACUGCACGGUGCGCUGGGCGUACAUCCUGGCCAUCAUCAGCAUCAUGGACUCGCUCGCCCUCUCCUUCCUGGCCUUCAGCCUGGGCAACAGGCAGGACAAGCUGCUGCCCGAGGACUUCCAGGUGGAGGGGAAAGAUAAUGCAUAGACGCAGAGACCACCGACGAGACAGAAACUGCUGACUCGGGAUUCAAAAGUCUUUUGAUCGUUUUUUAAAACUCAAAAUGUGUCAAUUUUGUUCUCAACCGUUUGUCAACAGACAUUUGAAAUCAUGAUCAGUCACCGGCUUCCUCUUGCUCCAGCUUCACAUUAUCUAUAUGGCUUUUUAAAAAGGUAAAAAUAUUUCACAUAUUCAAUGUGCGAAUAUGUCAACGGAGCUUCCAGUUAUAAAUUAUAAAUAUAAAGCUGCUCCUGACUAUUGAAUUCAUUAUUUUCAUUCAUGUGGCUUUUUCUGAGACGUCAUUUGAAAUGUGAGAAUGAACAUGCUAAUUGUCAUUUAUAACCAUUAAUCUGAACAUGUUUCAUUUUUCAAUGACUUCACAAACAUCCCAUGUUUUGAUGGGACAUGUUUCCAAAAACAUGUUUCAACACAUCUUUAAAAUAAACUUUUUAUCACAAUAUGA